AUGUUGAAAGCUUUUCCUCUUGGAAUCAAAGUACCCGCAUUACUGGCGCUGUUUGCCCUUGUGCUGGCUCGACCCUUACAUUUCGACAUUGUUCUACCGCAAAACUCGAAUCCCGCCGCCGUCGACCCUCCUUUUCUCCCCGCCGACGAGGGAACGGUUCGAAGUGAACGCAGCGCCAACAUUUCCCACAUAAUCGGAGUCUCCCGGAAAAUUCAACUCAUCGUCAAUAAAAUUAUGUAUUUGCAAAUAUCGCCCGAUGGAAGCGUCAACGGUACAGAUAACGACAACGAUUACACAAAAAAAAAAAAAUUAAUGAAAUGCAUUUUUAACGAUCGAAUUUAA